GGCUGCCACGGCCAUGGGCCAGCAGCUCCUCCUUUUUCUCCUCUUGCAUUUCGACCUUUUUAUUCUUUUCUUCUCCGCCCAUUUCGCUGCUGCUGUGCUGCUCCACACACACACGACGAUGGACAUGGACGAGCAUUGGCUUCUCCUUCCUUCUGUCAGGGUCUUCGAUCGUACAGGAGCUGCUAAAAUGGAGUCAAUUGAAAUUUGUUUUUCCGUUUGUCACGCUCCAGCGGAUGAGAGUCUCGACGAGGAAACGUAACACAUUUUGGUCGUCGCUGGAAGAAAAUGUUUGUCAUUGGAGUGUUGGUGGUGGGCGGUUGUUAUCGACGUGUGCUACAAUCGUCGUUUACCCAUAUAUAAAUGUCGACAUGUUGCCCGUUGCUUCCUUAGUAUUGAGACUAUUGAGCAACUGACCAAUUUCAUCCAUUCCGGCGCUCGCCUAUAGCGGCGGAAUAAAUAAUACGCGGAGAAUGUUAGCCCUACCGACAUUGAUCGCCCUCUCCUUUGUGGCCUUUUUCGCCUCUGCAGGCAUAUUGGAAUCAUUUUCACGAGGCAUGCACGCAGCCACGACUUACAAAUUUAUGCGACCGGGUCCUGUGAAGACGGAGCCGACUCCUCCUCCUCCUGCAUCCAUCCCGGACGAGCUGAUCGCCACACCCAUCAAUAAUUACAACGGCGUGAAUGAUGGCUACGACGUCAAUAUCUCGUCGACGAUGAUGCCGACGAUUAGCGGCGUCCUUCAGCGAGUCGAUUUGUGCCACGUUCAAAACAUCGUCGUCCCGUUAUCUCAUCCCGACGGCCAGCCCCAAAAGGAAUUGAUUUUUAAAUCCAUGGAAUUCCCGUUUAAACGCACCAAUCCACUCGUCUGCUCGUGGAAUGUCAAGGUGAGCGACAAUUGCCGCCGGGGACUCGUCACGAUGAAGAUAAACGAACGCAGUCGACUGGCCAGUGAGAAAGGCUGCAGGAAAGGAUAUUACCGCGUGUCGCCAUUCAUGAAGGAAGCCAAAAUCUGCGGCCGUGUCAAUAACGUUCCGGCCUUUCAAUGGUACAUUGAGGAUCAGCAGCCGGAAAAUGUGACCAUCACCUUGAAGCACAACGGACUCAAUGACGGGUUCUCUGAAGGAUUGGGUUUUACCCUGUCAGGUGAGUGUCUGCCUGACGAAUCCGACUUGACAAUCAGCAAAGCCAUCAAAUCCUACAAGAAUUGGCUGGACCAAAUCUCCAGGAGAUCAAGGGGUGAACUGACGGUUGUCUUGCCGGACCUUGUUCCAUUGGAGCCCAUCAUGAAAUUAUGGGAAACUCAGCCAAACGUCACCAAAGGUCCUAUGGAAUUUCCUAACGUUACAUCUGACGACUCGACAACUACACCAGCCCCGACUGUCCUAUUAUCAAACUCGAGUCCAUCUUCUGACCAAACGGACGACAGCGACGAUGUUGACCUUCCCCCAAUUGCAAUGAAUCCAUUUACACAAUCCAACGGAUCCAUUCGCCCGUUAUUGCCGCAAAUAGAUGCCGAUGAAGCUGAUCCUGUUCAUUUGACGAUCAUUUCUGAUGUUGUCACCGAGUCUCCCCAGCUGCCCAUUACCACUACUACAAUGCAAUCGAUUGAAACGACGGCCCAGCCUUUGCUGAGCGAAUCUCCCGUUCCUGAGGGGAUUUUAGCCGUUUCUAAUCACAAUUCUCCUUUAAGUUUCCCAAUGAUCCGUCGUCGUCCGUUACCUACCACCCCAAAGCCAAUCACCAGAGCCCCUAUUAGUCGACGUCCGCCGACUAGCGUGUUCCCCGCCAGCAGAAAGCGGCCGGCCGUUCCAGUUUCCAACGAUAAUCCCUCGGAGAUUCCUUGGCUCAUUCUCAAAUCUCCUGAUGAUUCGUCGUUAACGGAAAUGUACCGGACUCCGUCGUCCACCACCGCUCGUCCUUUCAUUCCAGACCAUCAAGAAAUGGUCCGUCCAGUUAAACGACGCCCACUCGUCCGUUUACCAUCAACAACUGUCCGCCCAGCGUCAAGUUCUUCCAGAAAUCCGUGGGUCAUUUUAAAAUCUCCCCAAACCAACACAAAUCAAAAGAAGAAGCGACCGGAUCCAAUCCGCCCAAAGGUUCCAGUUGUCGACCACCAAGGAAUUCCGUGGCUCAUUCUCGCCUCGCCUCCCGAUCCUGCUCACCCGUCAUCAGAAUCCUCGUCGGAAAUGAAUCAUUAUUACCCAGACGUUCCUUCAAACCAACUUUACAAACGGAAAGAUUCAUUCCCCGGCUAUUUUGUUCCAACAAUUUAACCACCAGACCUACUCAGAAUUGACUUGUUUGACUCUUGUAAUUUCGACUCUUUUUAUUUAUUACGACAAAAUAAAAGCCCAAUAAUAACACA